UGUGUCCUGUGUCUGCCUGCUCAAUACUUGUCUCCUUUUUUUGUCCCUGACUGAAGAUCCCUGAGGCCAGCUGUGGUUGUGGAUGUCCAGGGAGUUCAGGAGGUCCAGCCAGAUGAGUACGGAGUGGGUGCACCCAGGCCAGACCCUGAUCUGGGCUGUUUGGGUCCUUGCAGCCACCACUGAGGAGUCAGCCACGGAUGCACCAGUGAGGAACACCAGGCUGGGAUGGGUCCGGGGGAAGCAAGCUACUGUGCUGGGAAACGACAAGCCUGUGAACAUAUUCCUUGGGAUCCCUUAUGCUGCACCCCCUGUGGGACCCCUGCGAUUUGCAAAACCAAAGCCUGCAUUGCCCUGGAAUGAUUUCCUCAAUGCCACAUCCUACCCUAAAUUGUGCCUCCAGAACUCGGAGUGGCUGUUCCUAGAUCAACACAUUCUCAAGGUGCAUUACCCCAAAUUUGGAAUGUCGGAAGACUGCCUGUACCUUAACAUCCAUGCACCGGCCCACGCAGACACUGGCUCCAAGCUCCCUGUCAUGGUGUGGCUCCCUGGGGGUGGCUUUGAGACUGGCUCAGCAUCCAUCUUUGAUGGGUCUGCCCUGGCUGCCUACGAGGAUGUGCUGGUUGUGACUAUCCAGUACCGGCUAGGAAUGUUCGGCUUCUUCAACACGGGGGACAAGCACGCCCUGGGGAACUGGGCCUUCAUGGACCAGGUGGCUGCCCUGACCUGGGUCCAGGAGAACAUCAAGUUCUUUGGUGGGGAUCCACACUACGUGACCAUCUUCGGCGAGUCAGCUGGAGCCAUAAGUGUUUCCAGUCUUAUUCUGAGCCCCAUGGCCAAAGGCUUAUUCCACAGAGCCAUCAUGGAGAGUGGAGUGGCCAUCAUCCCUUACCUGAAGGCCCCUGAUUACGAGAGGAAUGAGGAUUUGCAGAUGAUUGCCAAAAUCUGUGGCUGCAGUGUGUCAGACUCCGUGGCCUUGCUGCAAUGCCUACGAGCAAAAUCAUCCAAGGAAUUGCUGAGCAUCAAUCAGGAAACUAAGGCUUUCACUCGAGUGGUUGAUGGCUUUUUCUUUCCUCAUGAGCCUAUAGAACUAUUGACUCAAAAAUCAUUUAAGCCAGUUCCUUCUAUCAUCGGCGUCAAUAACCAUGAGUGUGGCUUCCUGCUGCCUAUGAAAGAGUUUCCUGAGGUCCUCAGGGGCUCCAACAAGUCCUUAGCCCUGCAGUUGAUGCACUCAAUUCUGCACGUUCCUGUACAGUAUUUAUACCUUGUGGCUAAUGAAUAUUUCCACAACAAGCACUCUCUAAUUGAUAUACGAAAUCGCUUUCUGGAUUUACUUGGAGAUGUGUUCUUUGUGGUGCCUGGGCUGGUCACAGCUCAAUAUCACAGAGAUGCAGGUGCACCUGUCUAUUUCUACGAGUUUCAGCAUCGCCCCCAGUGCUUAAAGGACAGGAAGCCGGCUUUUGUCAAAGCUGAUCACACAGAUGAAAUCCGUUUUGUCUUUGGAGGUGCCUUCCUGAAGGGCGACAUUGUCAUGUUUGAAGGAGCCACAGAGGAAGAGAAAUGGCUGAGCAGGAAGAUGAUGAGAUACUGGGCUAACUUUGCCCGGAGCGGGGAUCCUAAUGGGGAAGGCCUGCCUUUGUGGCCGGCCUAUGGUCAGACCGAGGAAUACCUGCAGCUGAAUUUGAACUUGAGUGUGGGACAGAGGCUGAAGGAGCUGGAGCUAGAGUUCUGGACAGACACCAUUCCCCUGGUGAUGUCCUCGUCCAGAGUGCUCCUCGCUCCUCUUUCUUCCUUUAUCUUCCUUUCUCUGUUCCUGCCUUUCUUUUUCUCUCUGGUUCCUUGAGGAGUUAUCUUUGUGUGAUAUUGGUUUUCCUUCUCCUUCUGAGAUUUCUUCCACUAUUAUUAACUUUAUCUGUGUUUAGCUACUUAUAGAAUCAGCUGAUUUAGCAUCUGAUGUUUUGGGGAUGUGGGGAUGAUCCUAGCGAAAUAUUUUCAACAUCAAAAAAUGCAAUUGCCUUGGAAGUCACCAGCUUUCUUCCAUAAGUCUACAAGAGGGAUGGCUUAUUAGCGAGCAUCACAAUGAUCUUGUUAUUCAUAUAAAAUAAAAGAAGAAUGCAAAAUAUAUUCAGAGAACA